AUGGGCUACAUGCUCUACUCCAUGGCGCUGUUCGUCUUCGCCGUCGGAACCACACUCUACCUAACACGCGCGCGCUGGCUGCCUCUCCUCCCACGUCUCACCCCCGGACCUCUCUACUCACGCCUACCGACGUCGUUCCGCGACGACAUCGAGGCCGGGCUGCACUCGAGCGCCUUCGACCUGACCAACAACGUCGAGGGCGACGGGCGGGCGGGACUGGACGAGGCGGGCAAGAAGGAAGUGCUGCGCAUCAUGAAGCGGAAGAACGUCGGGUUCGAUGAGGCGCGGCGGUUGCUUAUGCAGGAGCGGUUUAGCAAGGCAGGCGUGGGUAGUGAUGGCGUGCCGAGGGAUCCUAAGUUUGUGAGCUUUUCGUGA